AUGUCGGCAUUACAAGACACUGUCACGAGCCCUUGUUGUAUUGGUAGAGAUUACCCCUGCCAAGGCAUCGGCAAUAAGCAGGACGGCCUGCGGAUAGAUGCAUCGAUGCCCAGCUGUUCUGGACGGCAGCAUGCCUGGCGCUACUGCAGCACAGGUGCUUCGCCCGAACAGACGGGGAACAGCUUGGAGCAGGCUUUUGAACGAAACCCCCACGCUGCGGCACAAGCUCUGGCAGCAAAGCUGAGUCCCGCACAGCGGGCCGUGCUUGCCGCUGCACUUGCGCAGCACACGGAGAUGCAGCAACUAGACAACGCUUAUUGGGAGGAGCUGUUCCAGGCACAUGACGUCAAAGGCGAUUCGCCUGGCGCAUUGGACGAGUUUCAAGCGGCCAUGCUUGCGCACACGAGCCUCGUGGAAAAUCGCAACAAGACUCCCCCGAGCUCUUCGGCACUGAAAAUGGUGUUCCUCGCCUCGGCCAUCCCCUUCAUCGGAUUUGGCUUCCUCGACAACGCAAUCAUGUUGGUGGCGGGUGAAGAAAUCGACAAUCUGUUGGGGCUCCGAUUCGGGUUGUCCACGCUGGCUUCAGCUGGCCUUGGGAACGCGGUGGCGGAUGUGAUUGGUGUCGGUGCUGCCAAGUACAUCGAGCAAGUCGUGCGCAUGGUGCCGUUCGUUAAGGAGCCCAAGUUGUCGAGGGCGCAGCAGGCGAUGCCUAGAACGCAGAAAGCCAAGCUCGCGGGCGCCAUGGUGGGGGUGCUCAUCGGCUGCACCCUAGGGCUCACACCGCUGUUCGUCUCUGGAUCCUUCUUCACCGUGCGGUAG